AUGACAACAUUAUCCGUCAAUAAAAUAAUCUCUACUUUUUCUCACGAUGAUUACAAAUCAAUAAAUAUUGACGAAAAUGAUAAGAAUAUAAUUCUUGUCUGCUUUGAUCCAGCCAAUGAAUUCCAUGACGAUACUGAAUAUUUAAAUAAACGAUUGAAUCAGAUAAAUAGUCCUCUUGUUUUUCAUAGUGAACUUGAAUCUUGUAUCACUUUUAUUCAGUCAAUAGACAAAGAAAAAGUCUUCGUUAUUAUUUCCGAUUCAUUUGCUUCUCAAAUAUUGUCUUAUAUUAACAAUCUGCAUCAAGUUGAUUUUAUUUUUGUAUUUUCAUCGAAAAAAUCUCAAUAUGAACAUUUACUUUUUGAAUAUUCAAAAAUAAUUGGUAUUUAUGACAAAUUUGAUUUACUUUGUUCAUCAAUUGAUGAACAAAUUGAUUUUGUUGAUAAAAAAUUUAAUAAAUGGACUUGUUUUGAUCAGGAUGAAUAUUUAACAAAAGAUUUAACAGAACAACUGUUUCAUGAUGUUAUUUUGUAUUUACCACGUGAUGAAAUAAGUAAAAAGCAGAUGAUCGAUGCAUGUCGUUUUUAUUAUCAAGAAAAUUUCAAAGAACUUUCAUUCAUAGAUGAAUUCGAGCAGAAAUAUCAAUCAAAUGAAGCUAUUCACUGUGAAUCUUCACAUCAACAAGAAAUUCUCUUUGAUUUAAAUACUACUUUUCGUUUGGAAAACAUUCAAGAAGGAGAACAAAUUUGGAUCAUUAAAAUGAUUGUAGUCAAUGAUGGACAAACUAUCAUACAAAAAUAUAUCGAUGAUAUUCAUCGGCAAAUAGCAGAUCGAACUAUUCCAAUUAUUUUUGGUAAAUUAAUAUGUGACAUGAGUCAAUGGAAUCAAUCACAAUUAUAUUUUCAACACUUGUUCAACGAUUCACAUAGAGAAAAUUUAGCACAAAUAGAACAUCAUAUUGGUCAAGCUCAUCAAUGGAAAGGAGAAUAG